AUAAAUUUCUCUCUCUCAGAAAUUUUGUAAGAUAUUUAUUCUUUCUUUCUGAAUUUACGGGUAUCAAAAAAGGAAUGUUUGAAUACCUUAUAAAUACAAAACCAAAAAAAUAAAAACCUUUGGUUGGCUAACAAUGGCAACAGCCAUGCUAUCCCUUUCUCUUACUCUACCCUCUGCUUCUUUCUUCAAUAAGGGGCAGCUCAGAAUCCGAAAUUUUGCUUCAAUUCCACUCUCCAAAUCCAAUUUCAAGCGCUUCAGAGUCAGAGCUCUUAAAGAAAAAACUGAGGAAAUUAAAACCCCUUCUUCAUCUUCAGGUUCAGCUGAAGAAAUUACAAAGAAGUAUGGCCUUGAAGCUGGUCUCUGGAAGAUAUUCAGCUCUAAAGAGGAAGAAAAGGAAGGUGAUGAGAAAACAAAAUCAAAGGGUGAUCAAGCCAAAGAACUGCUAACAAAGUAUGGAGGAGCCUACUUGGCCACCUCCAUUGUUCUCUCUUUGAUUUCUUUCGCACUCUGCUAUUCACUAAUCAACGCUGGCGUUGAUGUCCAAUCCUUGCUACAAAAGGUGGGGAUCUCAGUUGAUGCGACCGGGGAGAAAGUUGGUACCUUUGCCUUGGCAUAUGCCGCACACAAGGCCGCAUCUCCAAUAAGAUUUCCUCCUACAGUUGCUCUGACUCCCAUUGUUGCUAGGUGGAUAGGAAAGAAAGUUGAAAAACAGAAUUAGCCUCUUUUGGUGCUUCCCAGCUCACAAGCUAUGUUUCACAUGUAACUUACUGUAGCCAAGAUUAUAAUGCAAAUGAAUUUUCACUAGUUUAAGUC